CGUCUGUCGAAACACUUUUAUAGAUUGAGACUGGCAGUGUUACAGACCAAAGCUGAUUAUUGAUCACUGAUCAGAUUUCUUUCAACCCUUUCUGUACUGGCUGACCGAGGAUGAGCGAGCUGCUGGCCAACAUCUCCCUCUCUUUCUCUCUCUCUCUGUCCUCUUUCCUCACCCUCCCAUCAUCUGUCUCUCUUUUUACUCUCUAGAGAGGGGUAACCCAGAUUUCAAAAAUGAAUUGCUGCCUAUUUCUCUUCAUCUACUCCCUCCUUCUCUACUCUCUCUCUCCCUCUCUCUCUCUAUCUCUCUCUGUCUCACUUCAGUUCAUCCCCUCUUUCUGUUGGUAAAAACAGAAUCAAUCUUGGAAAGUGAAAAUCGCCUCUUUUCCUCACCCCCUCUAUACUCUCUGUUGGAUAAAGGGAUAUACGGCCGUACACUCCUCCUUCUUCUGUCUUUCCUGGAAAGCUGCUGUAUCAUCCUUCCCUUCAUUCUUUAUUUCCUUUUUGGGCUUUGAUUCUUUUUUCAGGUGCGUUUCCUCUUUUGUAGAGCUUCUGUUCGGUGAGGUUGUCUCUUUUUUUUUUUUUUUUUUACUUUUUUAUGAGCCAGGGAUUGAUUGCAUAGAAUAACAAGUCUUGAAAGGAAGUGAGAGGUAGAGAGAGGGGAGGAAGAGGAGAAACCAUACUGCCACAUUUACAGACGUUUGUUUUCUCCCAGACGUUUAUAAAUCCUCUCGUUGGUCUUUAACCCCUCGCUUGCAUAACCCGUCCAUCCUUCUCCCAGUCUUCUUCUCGGUGUCUUGUUCUCUCCAACCCAACCGGUAGCAUGUCUACCCCGGUCUCUCCGUCUCCAUCUCUGUCUCCCCUGGCCCUGUCCUCCCCAUCUCCCUCCUCCUCCCCGCUCCCCUCUCCUCUUUCUCCUCCCCCCAGGCUGCCGGUCUUCCAGAGGAAGGGAGCUCUCAAGCACAAGAGGGUCAUUGAAGUGAAGGACCACCAGUUCACAGCCCGAUUCUUCAAGCAGCCUACUUUCUGCAGCCACUGCACUGACUUCAUCUGGGGAAUUGGAAAGCAAGGAUUCCAGUGUCAAGUCUGCAGUUUUGUGGUGCACAAACGCUGUCAUGAGUUUGUCACUUUUACCUGUCCCGGAGCCAUCACUGCUCCCAAAGCAGAGGAUCUCAAGAGCAAACACAAGUUUAAAGUACAUACAUACUCCAGUCCCACGUUCUGUGAUCACUGCGGGUCUCUGCUUUACGGCCUCAUACAUCAGGGCAUGAAAUGUGCCAGUUGUGACAUGAAUGUACACAAGCGCUGUGAGAACAGCGUCCCUAGCCUGUGUGGACAAGACCACACUGAGAAAAGAGGACGGAUUCGCCUGACCGUGCGUGGAGAGAAAGAAGACAUAUAUGUCACAGUGCAUGAAGCUCGUAAUCUGAUACCCAUGGACCCUAAUGGCCUGUCGGACCCUUAUGUGAAGCUCAAACUCAUUCCUGAUCCAAAGAGCCAGAGCAAACAGAAAACCAAAACCAUCCGUUCUACACUCAACCCUAUCUGGAACGAGAGCUUCACCUUUUCAGUGCGCGGGAGGCAGUGGGACAGGCGUUUGUCUGUAGAGGUGUGGGACUGGGACCGGACCUCACGGAAUGACUUCAUGGGUGCUCUGUCGUUCGGCGUUAGUGAGAUAUUCAGACGCUCAGUCAGCGGCUGGUUCAAACUACUCAACCAGGAUGAGGGAGAGUAUUACAACAUCCCUGUUCCUGACCCAGACCUGCAGGUACCAGAUGCUGCUCUCACGCCCUCUGUUCCUCCUUCUCCUGUUACCGUGACGACGCCUGUUCCUACUGUGACCCCGCCUGCUCUGAGUCCGACUCCCACUGUACUGCACACAGGCAAAGGCCGAGUUGGGCUGCACGAUUUCAACUUCCUCAUGGUUCUGGGCAAAGGGAGCUUUGGCAAGGUCCUGUUGGCAGAGGAGAGGGGCAGCGAGCGCUUGUUUGCGGUGAAGGUGUUGAAGAAAGACGUGCUGUUUCAGGAUGAGGAUACGGAGAGCGCCAUGGUGGAGAGAAGAGUGCUGGGCCUUGUGGGGCGACCUCACUUCCUGACCUCUCUCUACUGCGCCUUUCAAACCGAGGAUCGUCUGUAUUACGUCAUGGAGUACGUGAACGGUGGUGAUCUUAUGUUUCACAUCCAAAUCGUUGGCAAGUUUAAAGAACCUCAUGCAGCGUUCUAUGCUGCUGAGAUAGCGGUGGGUCUGUUCUUUCUGCACAACAAAGGCAUCAUAUACAGAGAUCUAAAGCUGGACAAUGUCCUGCUGGACAGUGAAGGACACAUAAAGAUAGCAGACUUCGGGAUGUGUAGAGAAGGCAUGAUUGAAGGGGACACCACUCGGACCUUCUGUGGCACACCUGAUUACAUCGCACCUGAGAUUGUGGCAUAUCAGCCAUACAAUAAAGCAGUGGACUGGUGGUCAUAUGGAGUCCUGCUGUAUGAGAUGCUGGCUGGGCAGCCUCCUUUUGAUGGCAUAGAUGAGGAGGAGCUGUUUCAGUCCAUCAUGGAACAGAGCGUUUCAUAUCCUAAGAGUCUCUCUCGGGAGGCUGUGGCCAUCUGCAAAGGGCUCCUCACCAAGAACCCUGCUAAGCGUUUGGGUGGAGGAGAGGAUGCAGAGAGAGAGCUGCGGGAGCAUCCUUUUUUCCGCUGGAUAGAUUGGGACCGGCUGGAGAGACUGGAGAUACAGCCUCCCUUCAAACCCAGAAGUGGAGGCAAAAAAGGAGAGAACUUUGAUAAGUUUUUCACAUCCGCCCCCUCCGCCCUCACGCCCUCCGACCCGGAUGUCCUCGCCGCUAUAAGUCAAGAGGAAUUCCAAGACUUCACCUACAUCAACCCAGAAUUUCCUCCCUCACCCCUCACAGCUGUCUGAGAAAACCUCGAUCAGUUCAUCUUUUGACUUUUUCUUCUUCCUGUUCAUGAUUACUAAACUACGGUGACCAAAAAAUGUAAUUUGGCUUCAGCUUGCUUACAAUAGGAGUCUGUCUUAAUUAGACCAGCAAUCACCUUCUACAACAACACCUCCACACUGAUUUUAACCAUCUUAACGGUAAAGCAAUCUAAUCAUUAAUAAUAUUUAGCCAGUCCACUCUGAGAGUAUCAGCCUGAAUUAUUUAAGGGUCAUGCAUUCAUGCCAUUAUCUCAUUGGACAAUAGGAUCUUAUUGGAUAUCCCUUCGGAUGCUAGUAGUUGCCAUGACCUAAUUAUAACUGAGUGCUCCAUAGAAACCAGCAUGAUCAUGAUUUCCCCCAUGUUUUAAAGUUCACUUCAAGCUGAUUAUUUAAUCUCAGAUCAAACUAAUGCGGUUCUGCUUGUCUUUGUGUAAGAUCCUGUUUGCUCUGGUUUGGUUUAGUUAAAGGUGACAUGUCAUGAAAAUCUGACUUUUUCUAUGUUUAAGUGCUAUAAUCGGGUCCCCGGGGCAUCUACCAACCCAGAAAACAUGAAAAAGAACAACCCAGUCAAUUUCUUUGGUAAACCCUUCUCUGCAAGCUUGUGAAUAGUUAUAAUAUGACCACCCCUAAAUGCAUGGUUCCAUCCAUGGCGCCGUCAUUCUAUGUUCGCAAGUUCUAACGCCAUGGCAAAAGUUUAAGCAAACCAUGUAACUGGCUGCACAGAUGAGCCUCAGAGGAGACAAGAGAGCAGUGGAUUUAUUUAAAUAUUUUACUGUAUAUUACGCUGCUGCCACACAGAUCUAAUAUAAACAUGCGAUUUCUUUUCCAGCUGUUUACCUUCACAGACAUAACUGAAUGUUUGUGUAACUUGUGUGUUUUUAGCAUAAACUUGUGUGUAUUUGACAAUUUAAGCGCAAGAAGACAUGAACGAGGACUAGUACUCACAUGCCGUGUGACAUCCGCUUUCUGUGCAUGUGCUUCUGAUGUGUGUGCUCAGAAAAACAUAUAUUAGAAGUAGAGUUGUACCAGGUUUAGUGCUUUCGGUACUGAAAUUUGAAAAACGUCCAUUUCCCACUCACACAUAAGCACAAUAGGAGCGUUUAAAAGCCGCGUGUCAACGAAUUCCUAAUACAUCAGCACAUCCGCUGACAGAUGCGGCUUUCAAACGCUUCUGUUGUGCUUACGUGUGAGCGCUCGGUGAGGAGCGUGAAGCGCUUAUGAUUGUAGCCAAGCACGGUCAUGUCUGUUGAGCGCGUGAACACUAUGGCCAAUCAGCCAUGUUUAAAAAUCGGCUCAACAGCGCUCAAAUGUGAAAAUGAAAAUGAACUUUUUUAAAAAUUUCUGUACUGAAACUACCGAACCCUGUACCUUUUGACAGCUCUAAUUAGAAGUCUAAACUAAUAUGGUUUAAAAGGCAUGAUUUCAGCACGAUAGACAUGAUAAUCAAAACCAAACAGAUGUUUUAUCUGAGGUAGGCAGGGUUGCCAGGUUUUCACAACAAAACCCACCCAAUUGCUAUUCAAAACUAGCCAAAUCGUGUUUCGAGGGGGUAAAAAAUUGUGUUCCGUGGGGUAAAAUACACGUUUUUGACGGAUAAAUAUCACGUUACUGGGGUUACUUCAACGCGCAGACAUGAAAAACAACCCGCGGCAACAGUGUUAAAGAAGCCCAAUUCUGCGGGAAAACCGCAGACUUGGCAACACUGGAGGUAGGAGCUGUAAAAGCAAAGCUCUAUCCUGGAAAAGGAGGUGAGAAGCAGCACCUUAUUUGCAUUUAAAUAGACAUGCAUGAAAACAGCGUAAUAGGCAAAAAUAGGCAUUUUCAAAAUUAUAUAAAUGAUCUGAGGAGUAUUUUGAGCUGAAACGUCACAGACACAUUCUGGGGACACCUGAGACUUAUAUUACAUCUUGUAAAAAGAGGCAUAAUAGGUCUCCUUUAACUAAAUAAGUGCAGACAGGCAAGCAAACACUGGUAAACUCAGAUUUAUGAUUUAGGAGGCACAUACAUGACAGCUAGAUGCAAAAAAAUGCUUAAUGCUUCAGCGUAUUAAUUAUUUGUAUGUUACAUGAAUGUUUAUCUCUGUAGAUUCAGUGCAAAUAUGAUUCUAUACAGAUUAUAAACGUUUGCAUCAUCUUAGUAUUUUACAAUAUAAGUCUUUGGAAUCUAUGUUAUUAAAACAAAUGACUUUAUGAAAAACACAAAUUUAGAUAUUUAUGAUUUAUUCCAUAUAUUUAUAUGCAUAUCUAUAUAAACUAUGUGCAGUGUAUUAUAAAGUAUAUAUAUGUUAUUUCAGAAUUACAUAAUAGGAAUUUUCUAUGAACAUGUUAAACCACAUCAUCAGCAUUUUUACAUCAGCAUAAAAUAAAAAUGUCUAUGUCAUCAUGUUUUGCAACCUCUAGUGUCAAGAAAAAGCAGUUCCAGCUGUGAAAGUAUUUUAUUUAUUUAAAGCACAUAGUGUUGAUUAAAUUUAAGUUAUUAUAUUACUAAAACUGCUUUUUGAAAUCUCAUGGAAAUAUGAAUGAAUUCAUUGAGUGUUAUUUGUGUGAAGCUGGUAUGAAUAUGGUUAUUUAGACACUGUGAGGUCUCAGAGAUCAGCAUGUACUUGUCUUGCAUGGUAAAAAUCAUGAUGCCUGACCUGGAAAGACCUGAGUCUGCACCCUGUGCCCAAACUGUCUAUCUAAUACAACUUGAAAGUUGCACUGAAGACAAAAUACUGCUAGCAGAAAAGUGGGAACAUUUCAUGCAUUAUGCGGGAAAGACACUUUAGGCGGAGUGAAGUUAAGUAAAAAGAGAUAUGUGACCCUGGACCACAUAAGUGUCAUAAGGGUCAGUUGAAUCAAUAAGCUUUCCAUUGAUGUGUGGUUUGUUAGGAUAGGACAAUAUUUGGCUAAGAUACAACUAUUUGAAUCUGAAAAUCUGAGGGUGGAAAAAAAAAAAAACAAAUAUUGAGAAAUCGCCUUUCAAGUUGUCCAAAUGAAGUUUUUAGCAAUGCAUAUUACUAAUCAAAAAUUACGUUUUGAUAUAUUUACAUUAGGAAAUUUAAAAAAUAUCUUCAUGGAACAUGGUCUUAUCCUAAUGAUUUUUGGCAUAAAAGAAAAAUUGAUAAAUUUGACCCAUACAAUGCUACUUAAGACUGGUUUUGUGGUCCAGGGUCACAAAUGUGAAUAUGAAAUGUGGAUAAACUGAAAUUCAUUUAUAUAUUUUAAAAAAAAAUAAUAAUCUCUAGAAAUUGUAACGAGGUAAAAAUUAUUGAUUACUGCCUGAUCGUGGUUGACAUUUCCCAGCCUUUUAUUUCAUCGCAGUCUUGCUGAUCUUGUGGUUAUGUAAAUGGGAUACUUUGUAAAUCAGGGUGUUUAGUUCUGCUCCUGAAGAUCUACUGUACAUUUCUGUAUAGUGGUUCCAGCUACAUCGCACCUGCCAAACUUUCAAUUGAACCCAACCGAUCAUCAGCAGUGCUUGUUUUGAGGUUGGAACUACAUUCUGUAGAUAGAUCUACAAAAAUAACUAUUACAAAUGUUAAUGUACUAACUAUGAAAACUCCAUGUAUUAAUGUAAUUAUGCUAUAUACUACGCCCGUAUGUGUUUCCAAUCACAAUAAACGAUUCAACCUCAGAAUUAAAGAUCAUUUGGUUAAAUGUGCAUGAUAGAUAGAUAGAUAGAUAGAUAGAUAGAUUACAUAACUUUUUUGUAUUGAGUUGUUUUGUGUUUUCAAAGUGUGAAAUAAAAUAGAUGAAGUAAACUGA